CAAAAGAGCCCACUCACUCUCCAAUUCCUAUAUGUACUACGAUAACACGGCUUACACACACCAAUCAGCCUCAAUUCCUCGCAUUUUCUUCCCAUUUUCCACACUAUCUUGUCUCCUACUCCACCACCACCGGCGCCAUGGUUCUCUCGAAGACCGCCUCCGAAUCCGACGUCUCAGUCCACUCCACUUUCGCCUCGCGAUAUGUUCGCCACUCUCUCCCUAGGUUUAAGAUGUCGGAGGAUUCGAUCCCGAAGGAAGCGGCGUACCAGAUCAUCAAUGACGAGCUGAUGCUCGACGGAAAUCCGAGGCUGAAUCUGGCGUCGUUCGUCACCACGUGGAUGGAGCCGGAGUGCGACAAGCUGGUUUUGGCCGCCAUUAACAAAAACUACGUCGACAUGGAUGAAUACCCCGUCACCACCGAGUUGCAGAACCGGUGCGUGAACAUGAUCGCGCAUCUAUUCAACGCGCCACUGGGAGACGAGGAGACUGCAGUGGGAGUGGGAACCGUGGGAUCAUCGGAAGCCAUAAUGCUGGCCGGUCUAGCAUUCAAGAGAAAAUGGCAGAACAAGAUGAAAGCGCUCGGGAAACCCCACGACAAGCCCAACAUCGUCACUGGCGCCAACGUCCAAGUAUGCUGGGAGAAAUUCGCCCGAUAUUUCGAAGUGGAGCUCAAGGAGGUCAAACUAACAGAGGGAUACUACGUCAUGGACCCCGAGAAGGCCGUCGAGAUGGUUGACGAGAACACUAUCUGUGUCGCCGCCAUCUUGGGCUCCACACUCAAUGGUGAAUUCGAGGAUGUUAAGCGUCUCAACGACCUCUUGGUUGAGAAGAACAAGGAAACAGGAUGGGACACCCCUAUUCAUGUGGAUGCUGCUAGUGGUGGCUUCAUUGCUCCCUUUUUGUACCCGGAAUUGGAGUGGGACUUCAGAUUGCCGUUGGUGAAGAGUAUCAAUGUGAGCGGGCACAAGUACGGGUUAGUGUACGCAGGUAUCGGUUGGGCCAUUUGGAGGACUAAAGACGACUUGCCCGAUGAGCUCAUUUUCCACAUCAACUAUCUCGGAUCGGAUCAACCCACGUUCACUCUCAACUUUUCCAAAGGGUCCAGUCAAAUAAUUGCUCAAUACUAUCAACUCAUUCGCUUGGGUCAUGAGGGGUACCGCAACAUAAUGGAAAACUGCCAAGAAAAUGCGAUGGUGCUGAAAGAAGGCCUGGAGAAAACAGGGCGAUUCACCAUCGUGUCCAAGGACCAUGGCGUCCCACUGGUGGCGUUCAGCCUCACGGACAACAGCCGCCACAACGAGUUCGAGAUAUCGGACAUGCUCCGCCGCUACGGGUGGAUCGUCCCUGCUUACACAAUGCCGCCGGACGCGCAGCACAUCACAGUGCUGCGCGUUGUGAUCCGCGAGGAUUUCUCGCGGACUCUGGCGGAGAGGCUCGUCCUCGACAUCGAAAAGGUUCUGCACGAGCUCGACACGCUGCCGUCUAAGGUCACCGAGAAGCUCGCCGCGGACGAGAAUCAUGCUGUUGUAGUGAAGAAGACAGCCCUUGAGGUGCAGAGGGAGGUCACCGAUGCUUGGAAGAAAAUGGUUGCUAACAAAAAAAAGACCAAGGGAGUUUGCUAAGCUACUUUGUUGCUUCUUGGACGAGGACUACUAUUUUUACCCACAAAAUUUGGUGAGAAUUGCUACUGGUUUGGUGCAUUCUAAUUUCAACGUACCUCUAUAUGUGUAUUUUAAUGUUUGAUAUGGCAAGCCGUGAAUUGUUUGGAGUAUUACGAGAACUUGUUGGUAAA